ACCUACGUCAUCAACCUGCGUCAGUAAUCCGAAAACAGUGAGCUGGCAUUGAAUAGUAGCUGGAUUCUCGGUGUCGUCUAUCAUCUCUCAAUCCUCCAAACCAUGACCAAGCUUCUGCAGUGGCUUCUUGCGGUGUCUGUGAUUGGCAUUGCAUGGGGACUGGUUACCUUUGACCUCCUCGAUUUGCAUUUGCCACCCCAGUAUAAAGAGCUGGCAUGGCCGAUGCCCGUGUACCUGCUGGUGGUGUUCGGGUGUUAUUCUCUGGCCACUGUUGGCUACCGUGUGGCUACAUUUAAUGACUGCGAGGACGCGGCCAAAGAGCUGCAAACGCAAAUAAAAGAAGCCAAAGAGGACUUGAAGAAGAAAGGACUGAAGAUGUGAUUUUGUGAUUCAUUAUUUCUCUGUGCACAUUUCCUCCACAGUGACUUUAGUCUGGUUCUAUGGAUGUUUGCACUGUAAUAUGGACUGAAAAAGAAAACAGGUCAGCUUAGUUCAUGUGUUUAUUUCAACAUGGUGUAAACUCCUGCACACCUGUGAAUCUAUUUCCAGCUACCGGACAGUUUUAUUUAAAACAUUACAGACACAUCGUGCACAUAUUGUCAGUGCAGAGAAGUGCUAUUUUUGUAUGACCUCAAGUCCAGAAUGUGUGUAUUUGCAUUGGCCUAGGAAUGAAUAUGGAUUUUUUCUGUUUUUAGUGGAUUCUGUUUCAGAUUUACACACAAACCCUGCUUGUGAAAGAAAUGAUUUGGUCAAUUAAAUUCCAUUGAGGUACAUAUUAAAUAGCAUUUUAUGAGUCAGAAUGUUUAAUUUGAACAUUAUGCUGUAUUUGAUUGUCUGAAUAGAUGAAAAAAGGUAAUUUUCCAUUGCAUUUGCUCCAGGACAUUCCACAUUAUAAAACUUGUGUUUGAUGCAAAAUGUGUGAAUCACAUGUCAAUCAAAAUACAGACUGAUUCAUUUUCAACUGCACUGUAAAUGUGAUUUUUGAAGCUGUAAAUAAAACAAAGAUGUAUGU